AUGAACAUGGAUCUGGCCUCCGAGCGGCUGAACGGCAGAGGUCCCAGCACACGGCGCAAAGCCUCCACGGCGCGGGAGUCCUUCAAGCGCAUCGGCAUCCCCGUCCUGGCGGUGGUUCUCAGCCUCGCCUGCCUGCUGAUGGUCGGCUUCCUGGUCAAGCUCUACCUGGACUACCACUACUUCUUCUGCAAGCAGCCCCUGAAGCUGGUGAGGCUGCAGCAGGUGUGUGACGGGCAGCAGGACUGCCUGCAGGGCGAGGAUGAGGCCAACUGUCCCCAGUGGGUCCCUGAGGGGCCACCAGCUGAGGCUCGUGUCUCCAAAGACAGAUCCAUCCUGCAGGUGCUCAACAGGAACACAGGGGCCUGGGCCUGCAUCUGCUAUGACUACUUCAACCUGGGGCUGGCAAAAGCAGCCUGUGAGCAGAUGGGCUACAGGAGCACCCCAGCUUUCCGGGAGGAGGAGGUGGGCACAGGGCAGCCCCUGCCUCCCCGAGAGCUUGUGCUGAGCAAUGGCAGCCUGCAGAUGCCUGAGCCAGGCAGGAAAUGCCUCUCUGGAAAGGUUGUUUCCCUCUUCUGCUCCAAAGGCUGCGGGGAGAGCGUGAGGACCCCACGCGUGCUGGGGGGCACCCCGGCUGCCAUCGAGGCCUGGCCCUGGCAGGUCAGCCUGCAGUACAGGAAGGAGCACAUCUGUGCAGGCAGCAUCAUCGACCCCAGCUGGGUGCUGACAGCAGCACACUGCUUCAAGAACAACCUCAUCAUCCAGAGCUGGCGUGUGAAGGCUGGCUCCAACCUGCUCUCGGGCACUGCCAGCCUGGCUGUGGAGAAGGUUUUCCUGGCAGAGGUGACUCCUGCGUCCCCCAAGGACAAUGACAUUGCCCUGGUGAAGCUGCGCUCUCCCCUGCGGGUCUCAGACAGCUGCAGGCCCAUCUGCUUGCCCUACUUCGACGAGGAGCUGGUGCCAGGCACAUCCCUGUGGGUGAUAGGCUGGGGCUACACGCAGGAGCACGGCAAACUGUCAGACACCCUGCAGCAGGCAGAGGUGAGGCUGAUCGAUAAGGAGAGCUGCAACCUGGCUGCCUACCACGGGGCUGUCACCCAGAAGAUGCUGUGUGCUGGCCUGCCCCAGGGAGGGGUGGACACUUGCCAGGGGGACAGCGGUGGGCCCCUGCUCUACCUGGGCAGGCACUGGCAGGUGGUUGGCAUUGUCAGCUGGGGCCAUGGCUGUGGCACCCCCAGCACCCCUGGCGUCUACACCAGCGUCCAGGGCUACCUCAACUGGAUCUACAGCGUCCGGAGGCCAGGGCCCAUGCUGAGCCUGAGCAGACAGCCCCAGAGAGUGUCUCUAGUAAACAUCAACUUUAUUGGAUCCAAGGCAAAGCUGAGGAAACCUCUGCGGUGCAAAGAUGUGCUGGAGGGCAGCGCACAGCCAGUGCCCCACACCCGGUGCCUGGCUGCAGUUGUCUCCUAG